CCGCUGCCUGGCGUCGUUGUGAAAUGAUGAAUGAACUCUACCGGGAACCCAACUCGGCACACAGAUACAGAAGUUCAUUCUCUGUCGUUAUUGCUUACCGUCUGAGCUUCGGCAAGUGGCGAGUUGAUGGAUUUGUUUUUCAUAGUGCAUAUCGCGUGCUCAACAUAGGUCGCUCCUCAUGAGCCUCAUCCCUUUUCUCAUAUUGCCAUGAGUUCCGAGGUGUACACCAGGCCUUCUAGUCGACCAGACAACCAACAGAUCGAAGAUAAGAAGAAUCAGGAUGUCUGGAAAACCUUCCACAUCGUUGGUUCCGUAAACGAAAGUUGGUUUCACACCUGUAUUGGUGAACACUGGCCAGUUGAUGCAAUGUUGAAAAUGGGAGGAAGGGAGUGAAGCAUAUGGAAUUAAUAAGGCGGGGUCGGAUGCCCCGCAUGUCAGCCUCGCAUCCGAGACAGUUUCAUUGGUUAGAUUAUCUUGAUGGCUUGGAUCCCAGCCCAAUCACUGGCUAUGACCAUCUGCAAGGCUGAAAGACCCAGUAAAAAAAUUCUGGACGUCCUCUGCAAGCCGCCUUCCUGUUCCCAUCUUGGUCCGUUGGUGCGCUUCACGACCGAAAAUCCUUGUCAAACACACCCAACCCGCGACAAUGGCAAAAGACCAACCGUUCGAGCAGUUUUCCGACGAGGAGGAGGAGGAGGAGGUGACUUCUUCGGAGGAGUCCGAGCUCGAGGAGGAGACGCCCCGCCAGCGCAAACCGAAGCCCGUUUUCGACGAGAAGGAUUCCGAUGAGGAGGAGCUCGAGAAGCUGGUCUUGGGAGGGAAGGCCGACUUUCGUGAACAGCUCUUCCGGAACGAUGUACUCGGCGAUAUCGAACGACUGGAGAAGGAGCAGAAACUGCAGCUCACCAAGCCCGACGAUCCUACACUAGAGGACGUUGCCGACCACGACCUCUUCUUCCUCGAUACCGGCGUGCCCACGGCCAAGGGCUCCCAGGCCAGCAAAGCGGCCAACCAAGAACAGACAGCCGCAGAAGGCGCGCCUGCGUGGGAAGACAGCGACGACGAGCGGUUGACGGUCUCUCUGGCGACCGCGACGAGGUUACGGAAGCUACGCCUCACCGAGGCUGAGGAUGUGGUCAGCGGCGCCGAGUACAGCAGGAGACUGAGAACACAGUUCCUCCGCCUGAACCCCCUGCCGAAAUGGGCGCAAGAUUCCGAAGAGGGCCGGCCCGCCAAGAGAAGAAGACGCUCAUCCGCCGCCGCUACCGCCUCCGACUCCUCAAUCAGCUCUGACGAAGAGGGCGACGACAGCAGCGACACGGAGCUGUCCGCCGCGCCCCUCGACAAGUUCCUCCGCGACGUCCGUCGCCUCGCCGGCAGGGACGCCACAGGCAAGACCCGCCUCAGGCCCGAGGUCAUCGACAUCCAGCGCACCCGCGAGAUCCCCGACACCCACAAGGCCGCCGUCAACAACCUGUCCUUCCACCCGAAAUACCCCGUCCUCCUCUCCUCCAGCGUCUCGUCCGUGCUGUACCUGCACCACCUCAACCCGACGGCCCACCCGACGCCGAACCCGAUGCUCACCUCGGUGCAGGCCAAGGGCGUCGAUGUCCGCCGCGCCGAGUUCCUGUACCCGGCGGGCGACCAGAUCUUCUUCGCCGGCCGGCGCAAGUUCUUCCACAGCUGGGACCUCGAAUCCGGCCACGUGCAGAAGACGAGCCAGAUCCAGGGCCACCGGCUCGAGCACAAGACCAUGGAGAGGUUCAAGCUCAGCCCCUGCGGGCGGUACAUGGGCCUCGUGGCGUCGACGAGAAAGGGCGGCGGCAUCAUCAACAUCGUCAGCACCGAGUCGAGGCAGUGGAUCGCCGCCGCGCGGCUCGACAGCCGGCACGGUAUCGCCGACUUUGCGUGGUGGAGCACCGGCGACGGCCUCUCGAUCCUCGGCAAGGACGGCUCCGUCGGCGAGUACAGCAUGGAGGAGCGCAAGUUCCUCGCAGUGUGGCGCGACGAGGGCUGCGUGGGCGGCAUCGUCAUCGCGCUGGGCGGCCACCGGGGCCCGGAGCUCCUGGGCGACGACCGCUGGGUCGCCGUCGGGUCCAGCAGCGGCAUCACCAACAUCUACGACCGCGAGACGCUCGUCAAGACGUCCAAGACGGGCGAGGUCAGCGUCGAGACGCAGCCCGAGCCGGCGCGCCGCUUCGAGCAGCUGGUCACGCCCAUCACGGUGCUGACCUUCUCGCCCGACGGCCAGCUGCUGGCGUUCGGCAGCAGGGAGACCAAGGACGCGCUGCGCCUCGUCCACCUGCCCAGCUGCACCGUCUACAGGAACUGGCCCACGGCGCAGACGCCGCUGGGCAGGAUCACGUGCGUGGCGUUCGGGCGGAGCAGCGAGCUCCUCGCGGUUGGUAAUGACACGGGCAAGAUUAGAAUGUGGGAGAUACGGAGUUAGAGAGAGAGAGAGAGUCGUCAUCGGAGUAAAUGGAACUGUGUGUUAUUGCAAGGCCAUCUUGAAAUCCAUUAACAGGCAUCCCAAAACUUCACCAUCCUUCUUCAUGUCAGAGAGACGGCCAUCCGCCGUUCCACUAUCCAUCUUGCCAGGGCUAUGACCCUCAUAUCUCCAUUGAGCUAUAACCUUGUUCCUCGCCAUGCUGUAGGCUCUAUCGCU